GUGUCUGUGGAGGACAAAGCUCUUGAGUAAUGUUGAGUGUUAGUUACUGGCAUCAAAAAAGUGAGCUCUGUGACUAGGACUGGACACCCAAUGUGAAGCAUCAUGCUUAUGUGUUCACCUUGGUCAGUACUGAGCCUUUGGUUAAUCCUGUCUGUCUCUGUUGUUGCAGAGGAGGGGGGAUAUGUCUGUCUACAAAACCUCUCUCUACAAUAUGACAACACUGACAUCGAUGGGCUGGGAUUCAGUGUGUAUUUGAGUGACAAUGGGAUAAUGAAACCUAACAAAUCAUAUUGCAUUGAUCAGAACAAUCCAUCUCUCCCAGACGGCCUUCGGCCUAUAAAUACCAGCUGCAUUGUGGACAAGCAGAAUAAUGUAAACUUCAGCUGGGAUUCAAGUGAUCUUCCAGGACAUCCUCAGUAUUCCAUUUCCUAUCAAUUUUGCAAUGAAGACAAAAAGGUCCUUGAGACAGCCGAGAAACCAAGAAAUGUCCAAGGCUCAUUUUACUACACACUGAUUCCAGACAAGACGUCUUAUAUAAGGUUGCUACUUAACGUGUCCUACCCAGACAAGUGGUACAUUCAGACACAGCAGUGGAAAAUCUGUACUGUUGAAAAACUGGAUCCCCUUCAAAUAAAUGCGACAAUUCAGUCAAAUCAGUUACACCUUGAAUGGGGUCUGCCUAAAAGUAAAUCAACAGAAAACCCCAGAUGCUUUGAGUAUGAAUUGAGGGUCAAUGAUGAGGUCAGAACAUUCAAAAGCAAGCUGAAAUAUACUGAGCCAAAUUUGGAUCCAACCCAGAAGUACAAAAUCUGGAUGAGAGCAAAGAUUGCACAUUUCUGCUGUGAGACACUGUUUUGGAGUGACUGGACGUAUUUAGAUUUGAACAAAUCCGCAAAAGUUCCAUUUGAUAUCCACAUUGGGGUGAUCAUUGGUAUUGCUCUCGGACUUCCCAUGAUCCUCUUGGCUAUAUUACUACUCUGCAAAUUUCAAAGGGUUUUUGAUAAACUGUUCCCACCAAUCCCAGGCCCAUCCAUCAAGAUUAAAGGGCUGCUUGAAAAAGACGUCACAUCUCAGAUCAUGUCACACAAAUGUGUGGAAGUGGUCACUGAGGUGGAAGUAAAAGAGGAUGAGGAGGAAGAGGAAGAGGAGCACUGAUGAAAAGGUGCUGCAUGUGCCACAGGAAGGUGGGGCGAUUUUGUCCAGAGAAGGACAAUAAUAUAGAUGACAGAGGAACUGCUUUGGACAAUGAGCAAAGUCAUUUCAACCUUUACUUGUGCGUUCUUUAUUCCUUUUCCUCCAUGUUGAGGAUCUUACUGAAGACUGCAAACUGGCCAAUUUUGUGCUGCUUUUGACAACUUGUACAGUAUACAGUAUGCUGCAUUUGCCAAUUAGUACAAAUUACCCUGAAAAAGCUCUGCAGUACCAAUGACAUUUCAACAUGUGAGCAUCUGUGCAUUGUUGAUAUGGAUGAUAUGAGAUACUAUGGAGUUCUUCUUCUAAAUAAAUCUGAAUAUUUUAUAUUUA